AUGAACAGCCUGUGGCCCUCGAGGGCAGCAGCUGGCCAGGACGGUGCGGCGGACCCCGCUAAGCCGACCGGCGAUGUCGCCGAUACGGGCCAGGUGGUGGCCGAGCAGCAGCAGCAGCCGCAGCAGCAGGUCGACAAGCCGCCCGUCCCCGCGCCGCCGACACGGCCCGGCCUGCCACGGAAUGCCAUGCAGCCCAGCCUGCCGCCGCAGCAGGGCGCCGGGCGAGGCAGAGGCCAGCUCUCUCAGCAACAACAGCAGCAGCUACAGCAAGGCCAGCAACAAGGCCCCGAGCCGACCGACUCCCUGUCCCUGCUGCAGCUGCGCCGCAUCGUCGCCGAGGUGAACCGCGCCGAGCCCGUGGCGUACGACUUUGUCUACUCGGACAUGGGCCCGCACGCCGAGGAGAUUGACGAGUGGUUCGUGUACCAGUUCUGGCAGUGGGUACGACUCAACGCCGCGCAAAAGGCGUUUGAGUGGCACUGGAACAGCACCGAGGCGGGCGACGGCGGGAACGGCAACAGCAAUGGGGGCGGCGGCUCUGGCGGAGACGGCGAAGGCGCCGCGAGGGAGACGCUGGCGUGGGACGACGCGGACCACGGGACGCGCGCGCGCUUCGUGCAGGCGGCCAUUGCGGGCGUGCAGUCCAACGACGCGGCACUCCGGUCUGCGUCCAUCGGCAAGCUGGUGUACCUCGUGCUGGGUCGGUGGGGAGACACGGCGACGCCAAACGCGACGGCGGGAGAGGGGCGUUCUAUUGCGAGCAUAUCGCAGCUGCAGGCCAUCAAGGCGGGCGUCGAGUGCCUGGCCUCGCUUGAGGGGCUCCCCGUCGUUUGGGGGGCGCUUCGCAACUGCUUCGAGAUGCAUUGGUCUGGGGACAUUCAGCAGCAGGCCAGCCCCCAGGAGGCGCAGGAUGAGCUGAUGAACCUCAUGACCAUCAUGUACAUUGCCAUUCAGGAGGCUCUCAGCGACCCAGAGGACAUGUCUUCGUCAUACAACAAGCUCCUCGAGUUGAACCCAUCGUUGGUGGAUUUCAUGCUCACCGCAACCUCGAAGCUCCGAUGGGACGAGCAAAGUACGAUGCCUCACAUGCAGAUUUUCCUGCUGUUUUGGAAAUCCAUCCUGCUCGUCUUCGGCGGGACCAAGGAGCUUGAGCAGGUCAAGAUGGCCACCAGCGAGAUGACGAGCGAAAACAGCGACAAGGAGACCAUCACAGCGUCGCCCAUAGACUACCACGCCUUUCGCCAGGAAAUUACGUCAAAGUAUCCAGCCUACGUCCCUCCACAGCCGUUGAUACCCCUCGAGGCAGAUAACAACUCCCUCCUCCCACCCCUGCCGCACCAAUCAGCCAGGAAUAACGCCUCGAACGGCAUACUUCCAGCGCCAGCCCACGCCCAAGGUGGCGGGGCCUCCAUCCUGCAUCAGCCCGUCCACAUUGCCACGCCCGCGCCCUCGCCGCCGCCAUCUCCUGGCGUAGGCGGAAAGGGAGGCAAGAAGCAAAACUACCAAACCAACCAAAACUUCCCAUUCAUGUACCCGCCGCUCGACGCUACUAGUAAUAGUGCCGGCGGAAAGGGCAUGAUUGGCAUUCACGAGGCUCUCGUGAGCCGACGCUGGGAGGGUAGCGACAUCCCAGCAUCGAUUCUGGAAGCUGGGGAGCUCUUUUCGUCCCGCGUUCGGAUGACCCGUGCGACCCGCCAGCUAUGGGACGAGCGCGAGCGAUUCCUCAAAUUCGAGCGCGGAUGGGAGGUUGAGGACGAUGAUGACGAGAUCGAGGGCCUCAGCCUCGACGAGCUGUCGCUGGAAGAGAGGGAGGUUCUCAAGGGACUCAAGGAAGAGGAGAGGAAGGAGAGGGCGCAUCCCCCAGACGAGGAAGUGGACUUUGGCCCCCAUCCGGAUCGGCUGAGUGAGAGGGACAGGCAAAGACUUGUCGCCGUCGAAAAGUUCUACAAAGAAGCGCUCCCCCAUCUUCAGUCACUCGUGAUUGUACUUUUGCGGCCAAUCCUCGUCAACGUCACGGCCAUUGUGACGCAGCAGCAGUCGGCGCAAGUACCCAACGGCAUGGCUGGUCGGGGAGCCAACCCCGGCUUAAACGGCGGUCACGCCGCGCAGAGGUCUCCCGAGGCGGCUGGCCAGAUCCCGCAUGCCGAGGAGCCCGAGCCGUCUCCCGAGGAGAUUGACGCGGCGAGGACAAGAGAGAUUACGUCCAAGGCGAUGACCGCAAUUCUCUUGUUGUUGCUCAAGUGGCUGAGGGUGUCUCAUGUACUCAAGUUCGAAUACCUAACGCAGCUUCUGCUGGACUCUAACUAUGUCCCGCUAGUGCUCAAGUUAUUUGCGCACCAGGACAUUCAGCAGGUUGUCGACAGCAAGAUGGACCGCGUCGAAAACAGCUUCUUUCAAUUCUGCAACCUGCGAUCCAAGUUCAAGGAUAAGGUCGAGAGCGACAUCGAGGGCGAGGAAGAUGAGGAAGAGGCAGAGGCAGAGGCAGAGCAUGAGGGCAACGAGCCGCGCCCCGGAGAGGAAAGCGAUGAUAGCGCAGCGCCGCCCCCUAUCAAGCGGAGGCGAUCCCCCGAAGAGGGGAACAAAGAGGCGCCGGGAGAAGAGGAGGAGGAGGAUGAAGGCGCCGGCAGCGAUGACCAAGCCUCGACCAGGCCGGAGGUGGACGAGCUCGGCUACCCCGUCAACCCGCUGCCGGCAGAGCCCAUCACCGACUUUUCGCGGCGCAACUUCUUCUCGCUCAUCAACUACCUGCGGGUGAUGCAAAAGAUGUGCAAGAACAAGGCGCACCGCAACCUGCUGCUGGUGCAGUACAAGUCGUCGACGAUCCUGCGCAAGUCGCUGCGCGUGCCGCAGGAGGAGCUGCGGCUGUACACGCUCAAGCUCUUCAAGAACCAGGUGCCGUACUGCGGGCGCAAGUGGCGGCAGAGCAACAUGCGCGUCAUCACGGCCGUGUACCUGCACUGCCGGCCGGAGCUGCGCGACGAGUGGCUCGCGGGCAGCGACGUCGACGCCGAGGUCGAGGGCGCGCUGCCGCAGGAGCAGGCCCUGCGCAGCCUCACGCACUGGCGCAACGUCCGCCGCUACCCGGACAAGAUUGCGCCCGAGAUACGCGUCGCCAUGCGCGAGGAGCAGGACUUUUUCACGCGCGAGCUCGAGAGGCUCGACGUCAACUGGCCCGACAUGGGCAGCAACGACGGCAUGAGCGAGAUGGACCACGUCGAGGGGUGGCCGUCGUAG